CGUCGGAGGGCGACAUUGAGGAGGAUAGCACAUUUUCUUGCACGGUAUCUUCUUGAGGGUGAUUGACUCCUACAUGUCAGUCGACCCUAAGUCUGAGACAAUUAUUCGUCCCCCAAGAGGGGAGGGUCCGGUUCCAUACCUCGGAGAUGGCUAUAGUCAUUUGGUCGGGACGAACUUUGCUAUGCAGGCUUAUCGAAAACCUCUUUACGAAGAUCGCUUUCUCGAGGUUUCCUACAUCUACUCUGGAGGGAGAGGACAUAUUGAGAUAUUGAUUGGAUCUUCAGGCGAUAUCAUUCUUGCGGAGGAGCUUUAUCUUAGGAGUGUCGCAGACGAGGAGAUGGAUAGAUGCAUGGCCUAUAUCUGCAAGAUUGAUCCAGCAGCGCCUCUCGAGAUCAGCUAUGUGGUUCCAGAGUCUAUAGCCACGCGGGUUCUCAAUGACGAGGCGCCUGAUACGGAGACGAAGCUUCUCCUGAAUUUUUCCUCACCUGACAAUGGAAAGGAGCUUGUUAUGGCUGAGGAGUAUGCGGGUUUCCUAGGAAGCAAGCAUAGUUGGGAGAAGGCUGAAGGAAGGGAACUACCAGAUAUUAAUUCUUCGGUCAUCUCGCGCUUACUCAAGGAUUUAGAGCCCCUCACGGCAGGAGGGGCAUUUCCUUAUAAGAUUGAGAGAUACACUGUCUUAGCCAUACCUGAGGCAGAGGAGAAAGUGUAUGUGUUAGUUGCUCGCUUCCUAGAGACCAAUGAAUAUGACGUGCGUAUAUACACUCCAGUGACUAGGAAGAUUUGGCGGCGGUAUACUGGGUGUCACGAGUGGACACUUAGUCACGUAUGUAAAUACAGAGACGAACUCGAGAAUGAGGAGGAUGAAAGAAAGAGUGUGGUAAGCCGCGCUGCCCAUUACCCUCUGAAGUGGGAUGAAGUAGUAGAAAUGGUCCGUGAGCUACCUUCGGCGUCAAACCGGAAAUGGUCUCUGGAGCAGAUGAAAGCAAUCACUAGUGCAAGAGAGGGAAAUGUGGAGGCAGCUGCGGGCGAAAACUUGAAGGUCGAGGAGAUCCUUGGUCUUCUCGUUAAGCUUGGUAGCUUCGAGAAGUUAACCCUUCCUGCCCCUGCAACUCAAGCUUUAAUCGGAGCCGAAGAAGACGAGUUCUCGGAUGUUUUUGAGACACCCUCCGGUAUAGUGCCGGACCGGCCAAUCUCUCACGAGAUCAUACUCGAGGCCGGCGCCGUGCCACCAAAGGGAUGCAUUUAUCGCAUGUCCGAGGAGGAGCUCACGGUUCUCCGUGCGCAACUCGACGAUCUACUUGACAAGGGUUGGAUCUGCCCUAGCAGCUCACCUUACGGUGCGCCCGUUCUCUUCGUWMGGAAGAAGAACAAGGACCUUCGACUUUGCAUUGACUACCGACRMCUCAACRCGCAAACCAUMAAGAACGCGGGGCCUCUACCUCGCAUUGACGAUUUGCUUGAGCGGUUGGGCGGCGCCAAGUACUUUUCGAAGUUGGACCUCAAGUCGGGCUACCAUCAGAUYUYCAUCYGCCCRCAMRAUCGGUACAAAACCGCGUUUAAGACGCGAUAUGGGCAUUUUGAGUGGGUAGUUAUGCCUUUUGGCCUCACCAAUGCCCCGGCUACCUUUCAGGCGGCCAUGACCACCGAGUUUCGCACUAUGUUGGACCGUUUUGUCUUGGUCUACUUAGACGACAUCCUCGUCUACAGGCGAACUCUAGAGGAGCAUCUCGAGCACCUUCGCCGUGUUCUAGAGACUCUUCGGUCAGCCCGGUACAAAGCCAACCACGACAAAUGCGAGUUUGUCCAGCAAGAGCUUGAAUACUUGGGUCAUUUUGUCUCCCUGGAAGGCAUUCGUCCGUUGGCGGACAAGAUUCAAGUCAUCCAGGAGUGGCCCAAGCCAAAGAAUGUGACGAACAUCCGAUCCUUCCUCGGCUUGGCCGGUUAUUAUCAGCACUUCAUCAAGGGUUACUCGAAGAUCGCGGCCAACCUAAGCAAGUUACAAAGAGAGGAGAGGCCUUUUGACUUCGACGACGAUGCGCACCAUUCUUUUGAAACACUCAAAGCGACACUCUUAUUCGUCGAGGUGUUACAUAUUUACGACCCGCUUCUAGCUACGUGCGUCACUACCGAUGCAUCGGGCUAUGGCAUUGGGGUCGUCCUUGAGCAGCACGAUGGCACGGACUGGCACCCGGUCGAGUACUUUAGCAAGAAAGUACCUCCCGUGCAUUCGAUCGAUGACGCACGGAAGAAGGAGCUUCUUGCCUUCGUCCACGCCCUCAAGCGUUGGCGACAUUUCCUCCUUGGUUGGAAAGCAUUUCGAUGGGUAACGGAUAACAAUCCGUUGGUAUUCUACAAGUCGCAAGACACGAUUAACAGUACCAUUGCCCGUUGGAUGACUUUCAUCGACCAGUUUGACUUUUUCCCCGAUCACAUUCCCGGGAAGUCAAACCGUUUUGCGGACGCCCUCUCACGGCGACCGGAUCUUUGCACCGCAAUCUACUCUACCUUCAAGAUCGACGACGACUUGCGGGAGAGCUUCAUCCGCGGCUCUCAAGCCGACCCCCACUUUCGCUACAAGUACGCGAAUCGCUCCUCUCCAAAUCCGGUGCCUUCGCACUAUCGGAUCCAAGAGGGCUACUUGCUUGUGCAUUCACGGGGUAAGGAUCUUCUUUGUGUGCCAAGUGAUUCACACUUGCGCACACGGCUUCUUGGCGAGUUUCACGAUGCGCCCGCCUCCGGACAUUUUGGUGUUAACCGUACACUUGGCCGACUUCGCCAGCGGUUCUAUUGGCCCGACCUUCUCAAGGACGCCACCCGCUAUUGUGAGUCGUGCCAAGUCUGUCGGCGUUGCAAGUCACGCAACCAUCGUCCGUUCAGAGAGCUACACCCACUACCAGUGCCCCUUGGGCGACAGGAAGCAAUUGCUAUGGAUAUCACCGGCCCCUUCCCGAAGCACAAGACCGGCUUUGAUGGGAUACUCACGGUCGUCGACCGCCUCACCAAGUACGCCAUGUUUUUGCCUUGCCGCUAUCACGCAAAGGCACCGGAGUUAGCCGAGGUCUUAUACACCGGUUGGAAUCGCUCCAAGGGCUACCCCAAGGAGAUUGUUUGCGACCGGGACACUUGCUUUCUCUCCGACUUUUGGGUCGCCCUCGUCAAGCGAUGGGGCUCAUCUUUGAAGUCGAGCUCGGCUCGCCACCGACAAACCGAUGGUCAAACGGAAAGAGCGCAUCAGACCGCUCAAGUCCUUCUAUGCACUCUCAUCCAUCCCGACCAGGUUGAUUGGGUUGAGCGCUUGCCAGACGUCGAGUUGGCUUACAACUCAUCGAUCCAUCCGGCUAUCAGGAUGUCGCCGUUCGAGUUUGAGCAUGGUUCACCCAUCUCAUCGUCGUUGGACGCCGUUUUGCCGCGCACAGCCGAGAGCGACGACCAUCUUGCGUUCCUUCGUCGCAUGCAAGAGCUCCUUGUCAAGGCACGGGAUCAGAUGUCAAAGACGCAAAUACGGAUGAACCGUCAAGCCAACCGCAAUCGUCUCCCUUUCCCGUUCCGCAUCGGCGAUCUGGUUUGGGUCUCCGCCGCGGAAUUCAGCCUUGAGCAAGACAUCUCUCGCAAGCUCCUUCCCAAGUGGAUGGGGCCUUGGCGCAUUCUCUCUGCAGUUGGUGAUGAUCCCGAGGGGCCUUCAAUCCGCAUCGCGGUGCCACCUCACUUGCCCGUCCACACGGUGUUCCACUAUUCCAAACUCGCCCCUUUUGUUUCAGCGGAGUCCGACGAGUUUCCCGGUCGACGUACGCAAGACCCUCCUUCCAUGGACGGAUUUCAGGAGGCCGGCUACAUCAUCACCGACCGGCGCCAUGGCAACAAAGAAACGGAGUUUCUACUUCACUUCUCCUACUGCAGCCACAAGGUUGACCGUUGGCUGACGCGUUCGGAACUGCAGGCCACAGCCCCCGCCGUUCUCUCGCGUUAUCUUAGCAAGGGGAAGACUACGCCGAACACUCCAGCUCCUCGCCAUCCUCGCUACAUUCCGCCAUCGGAUCGGCAGCUUCGCCUGCGCCCCGGCUCGUCUUCAUAAGGAGGGGGGUGUGUUACAUGCUGAAAGCCUACACACGGGACCCUCACGGGACCCGAGGUUGGAAUAGGGCCCCCAGGUC